AUGAUCCGACCGCGGCUUCUGAGCGUGGUGCUGGGACUCCUAUCCGUGGCGACGAUUGCAGCAGCUUACAGAAGCACUCAAGCCCCGCUGCGCAUCGACUGCGGCUCGGACAGCCCCACGUCGGCCAACGGAUUGGAAUGGCAGGGCGACAAAUACUCCAACGGCGGCGACUCGCACACCAUCGCAUCCGCGAACUCUUUCUCGCUCAACACUGUAGAGUCGACGCUCCGGGCGUUUCCCGUCGGCACCACCGGCUGCUACAAUAUCCCCGUUGUUGAGGGCCGCUAUCUCGUGCGCGUGAGCUUCGCGUAUUACAACUACGACGAUAAGAACAUGCCGCCGUACUUUAGCGUGCUCGUGCAAAACACUGUAGUCGAGAGCGUCGACAUGACCGUUGUACAGUCCAACUUCGUUAGCGGAGCGUACUACUCCGACUAUAUCGCGUACGCACUCAACGGGAAGCUCGCCGUGUGCUUCCAAGCACAGCCCGGGUCGCCCGGCCCCGCUAUAGUGAACUCGUUGGAAGUCCUCCCGCAAGACACUGACGCGUACGACGCCGCGACGCUCGGCAACAAGGUCAUCCUCUCCACAUACGUUCGGCUCAACAUGGGCGGCGGCAAGGUCGGGCCCGAACCUGCAGACCCGGGCUUCCGAACCUGGAUGGAGGACGUCCGGCCGGAGCAAGGCAACUUCACCGUCCUAACCAAAGACUCAGCCUCGGCACCGAUCGCCGGCACGGGAGUGGCACCGGACUUCCUCCCCCCGGCGGUUUUCGAAACUUCCCGGGCUGCCCUGACGCCUCUAUCGAACGCGAGCGGCGUCGCCGGACGACCGUCGCAACUGUCGCAGGCGACGGGGUUUCGCAUGACGGUGCUGCCAGUGGACAAAAACAACAUGUGGUAUAUCCGAUUUUAUUUUGUCGAGCUCGACCCCUCCGCUCAGCCCGGCGAUCGCGUCUUCGAGAUUCUGCUGGGCAGCGGGAACGUGGUCAAGUCCAUUGGUAACCAGGCGGGUGGCUUCGACAUCCGCGCUAAGGUGGCUCCGUUAACGGCGCUGGUGGUGCCGGUGUUUUUCAACUACUCGCAGUAUUCGUCCAACUACGGGGAGGAUCUGGAGGUGGGCGUGCGGACGGUCGGCGGGAGCCGGUUGCCGGCGGUGAUAAGCGGUGUGGAGCUGUUUGAAGUGGUGCCGCAGACGACCACGGAGAGCUCAGGCCUCUCGGGUGCAGCAAUAGCGGCCAUAGUGAUAGGCUGUCUGUUCGUGGUGGUGCUGAUUGUCCUGGGAGUGGUGCUCAUCAUGCGGCGUCGCAGGGCGGGCGGGGCUGGCUUCAGCCAGAUCUCCGAGCGCUAG